CCGCACCCACGCACACUCACACACAUACAUUACACACACACGCACACACCAACACACCUCCCUUUCUCUCUCUUGAACCCUCUAACCACCUGUGCGUGAUGGGUAAAAAGAACAAGAAGCCCGUCGUAGCAGUGGAUGUGGGUGAGCCUUCUCCCGCAAUGGAACGGCAGUCCACGAAAAAGUCUUCUUUUUCCGCUCCACAAUCAACGACUCCGGCCGCCCUUGUGAUCUGCCGGAACAAACAUUGGCGCUAUAUAUCGUCCUUCCAUGGCCCGUGGCUUCAGUUGCCCCUCGAAGUCCUCGAGACUCUUGCCAACGCCAAUUACUACAUGCCCCUCCCGCGCCCCGUCGACCCUGCUGUGUUUUAUGACCUCGUAAAAAUAAGGCAACUCGUCGAUGGCGCUACUGACUUGGCGGUGCGAGCGGUAAAUGGAGUCGCAUCCUCGGCGCUCUCCAACUCUCUGGCUGGCGGAACGGCGCAUCAUAUGCAGGCAUUGGGACUCGGAUUCAACAAUGGCGGCACAAAGUUGAGUCCUGAGCGAAGGUUUCGGAUGCGGGAACAGGCCACACAGAAGCUGUCGCGCGCCUACCAUCUCGACGAGAUAGCGUCGAGCGUCGCCACGAUGCAAUCCACCUCUACCUUGGAGAAUGUGGCUAGUCUGGUCCUGCAGAGGGCGCCGGACGACCCGGAUGCCAACUACGUCCACUUCUUCCACGAGAAGAUACCCUCUCGGCAGCUAGCCGAAUGCACCGAUUUCCGCGCGCUCGAUUUGAUAAUUGGGCAACGACCUUCGGAUUGUGAGCCCUUGAGGACUCGCGCCAUCGUUCGCAUAUUCAAGGACGACUACGAAGGUGCUGUCGUGGACCUGACUAACGCUCUGGGAGUGUGCCGCCUUCAACAGCCGCGGCAUACCCCCGCUGCCGAAGAGGCGAUGCAGCUAGAAAAAAGGAACGGACGACGACGAGAUAACCCACCCCUCGACGAGAGAGAUCAGCCCAGCAGCACAGAGGUACAGCUGCUGUUUCAACGUGCUGGCUGCUACUUGACUCUGGCUUGUGACCACGUUCCACUUGCGCUUCCCGAACCGCCGGCUGAGCAGGAUGAAAAUUCGCAGGAUAAUGCGGACGGCGCGGACAGUGGCGUCGCCAACGGCAAUUCGGCCUCUCAGGAGGCGGAGGCAGACGCGACCGGCAAGGGUCCCACCAAGAGACAACUCGAGAUGCGCAAGGCGGUGAGGCUGUACGCGAAACGUGCCCUCCGGGAUUACAUGGAGUACUUUAAACACUUUCACUAUUCGCCAAACAUGCCUAUUGAGAUAUCGGACGAGUUUAGCCGCCAAGUCAACCAGGCGACUCAUCGGAACAAGAAAUACUAUGGUCCGACUCGGCAUACGCCCCAGGAUUCGGGUAGCCUCGCGGGAAGUUCAGCCGGCCACACGGUGUGCGACCUAGCGUCGCUCUUCACGGCUACGCCGCUGGCAGGCCUUCCCCCGUAUCCCGCGACGGAGCUCGCAGCUGCGGGCUCCGCCGCCGCCGAAUCGGCUCCGACGACUACCGAGGUCGUCACCUACCACCCGCUCCUAACUGACGCGUUACAUUCGCUCCUAUUGUGCCACACCCUCGUCCAGACAUCGGCCAAGGAGCUGCAGCGCCACGCUCACAUGGUUGCCCGGCUUGCCCGUCUGGCUGACGGCUAUCCGGUCUUCCAGGCUAGUAGGUCGCCGGCGCGAGCAGAUUGGAUCGAGGUCCUCCGGCGAGCCGAGAACUGGGUCGACCUCUCGUCGAGUUGGGAGGUACUCUGCGCCCCUGCGCCCCUGCCCGCCUCCUUGUCGGUGAAUGGGGUAUCCGUGGCUACUGCUGGGAUGAAUGUGCUCUCUGUCGCCGGUAGCACGAGUCUCGUCGAGACAGACGAACAGCGCAAAGAGAGGAUGCGGCAGCAAGCGAUUAUCGAGGCAUUGGAAGACGAGCGGGUUAACGACGAAGCGAGCUUCAAAGCCGCGAUCCUCGCUCGCCAGCGGAGGGCCGAAGCGGACCACGCGAGCGCCACGAAUGGCGGGAUCCCGAGCCCCAACUCUGGACCGAAACGUUGGGCGGUGGACGACGGCAGAGAGUACCCGAUCCUGACCGAGCGUGCGGAGGCGGUCGCGCGAUGGGUCCGCGAGGCGCCGGUCGGAACGGGGAACGGCAAGCGCAAGAAGAAGCCGCGAGCGAAGAAGGCUGCCGAGCCCGGCGAGGCGGAGGGCGGGAACGUGGCUUGAAUGGAACCUAGGCUCGCGGUAUGUCGCAUAUGUAUAGGUAUAGCUACCCGAGAUAGGGAAAAAGGAAGGGCGAAAAGGGGCUGCGCGCUGCUGUGUAGAACGGGCCGACGAUGGAUUGGUAAGAAGGGGGUUCGAUCCAGGAGAGUUGUGUAGAAGAGGUAAUAGACAGCUGCCGGUACUAUUAUCCGUGCAUCUCCUCC